CUCCGGCUGAGACCCGCCCCUCGCAAUGGCUUUCACCUACCAGUCGUUGUGUGCUAUGCUGAGCAAGGCGCCGCGUCCGCUCGCAAAGCACUUCGAGAUCUCUAUCGCUGCCUGCGUGCUGCUAUUCAUCGCGUUCCUUCUUUACUUCCUCGUCGCUCUCUCUCUGCCCAUCAUCAAGUCCAUAUACCUGUUCUCCAUCGACUUCACCCAGGAGGACGGCACCGCGCCCUCCGCAACUGCGACGAACAUCCAUUUCGGCGUUUGGGGCGUCUGUGCAUACAGCGUGCUGCCCGGCUUCGAGUACUGCUACGGGCCCACGUUGGGCUACACGAUCCCGCAGGAAAUCCUCGACAUCGUCGGUUACCAGUCGCUCAUCGAGGCCGUCAUUGAGGGGCUCACUGUGCUGCUCGUGCUGCAUCCUGUAUGCGCCGCGCUUGCACUAGUGAGCGCCUUCACGUCACUCUUCCUCGAGUCGCACGCCGCAGCGAUUAUCUCGCUGAUCAUUGCCGUGCUCACCAUCAUCCUCGGCUGCCUUGUCUUCGCAGCGGACCUUGCGCUGGUGAUCGUCGGGCGUAUCAAGGUGCCCGCACUCACGGCGUUCAUGUACAAGGUCAACUGGGGCCCUGGCGUGUGGAUGAUCCUCGCAGCCGUGAUCUGUCUCUGGUCCGGCAUGGUGCUGCUGAGCGUUGUAGUGUGUCAGUGUUGCGGAGUGGGCAAGGAGUACAUCGAUGACGACAGUGAGGGCGAAGAGGCACAUCUAACGAACGCACCCGCAGCUCGCUGGCGAGCGCUCGGCGUGUCUUUCCCGAGCAUCAUCCCGCACAAGUCAGCGCAAUGAGCUGUGCGCAGCGCUCUCGCUAACUUAUACCCGGCUUCAUUAACGACUCGAGACGACAUUACGACCCAUGACGACUAAUGACCCUCGAGCUAUAUAGCUACAUGACGUUCCUCGUACCGCUCGUUUGCGUUGGAUAUCUGAAUAUGAUGUUGUUCUGCUUC